AUGGAAAUAUUUACUGGAAUAUUAACAUUGCUGGUAUUGUUUUUUAUUUAUGAUUAUAAUUAUUGUUCAAAGGCAUUGGUAUUUUAUAUAGGGGAAAAGUCUUUAAGCAUUUUGAAAAAGUGUAGUAGCAUUGAGCGAACAUACAGGAGCACGCUUUAUUUAAUUCAUCCAUUUUUACAGGAUAUUUUUAUACAUGUAUUUUAUUUUUAUCUAGAAAAAAAGAAAGAAUAUGUGAAUUAUAUAAUUUGUGAAAACUCAAAUGAUAAAAGGAAAAGAAAUAGAAACAAUGAAGAAAGUGAAAAAUUACUUGUCCGAUUAUGCAUGUUAAUAAAAAGAUGGAUAUAUUUCACUAGUUUGAGAUUAUUUUUUUUUAUUAUUGAAUACUCAAACAUAUAUGAAAACAUAAAUUUACAUUGUUAUAUAAAUACAAGAGAAGUUUUAAAUAAUAAUAAUUUCGGGGUAGUAAUAAUUGAUUAUUACUUACCAAAUGCUACUGUAAAAAAAAAGAAAAAAAAUAAUAAAACAGGAAAAAAAGAACAAGUAGGUUUAUCGGAUAUUAAUGAAAAUGAUAUUAUAGAUUUAUAUGAUUUAGUAAAUAUAAAACAAGAACAAAAAAUAAAAUUAAUUUUAGUUGAUAAAAAAUGGAAACAAAUGUUAAAUAUAAAAAAUGUAGAAUCUGCUGAUGUUCAUAAUUUAUAUUUACAAGAUACUGUACUUAUACAAUAUCUUCAAUUUUUAAGAAUUUUCAAAAAUAAAAUUUUUAAUACAUCUACAAAUAUACCACCAAAUUAUAAAGAUGUAGAAAUUUUGUCAAAUAUAUUAUUCUCAUCGGUUGAAUCCGAAAAUGAAAUGUCAAAUAAAAUGGUCGACUAUUAUUUAAAAAGAGAGGAAGAAAAGCAUGGCAUACAAACAGAAACCCUAGAAGAUAAGCCAAUUAUUGAAAAUUAUUUUGAUGAAAAAAAAACAUCAACUAAUAAACAAAGCAAAGAAAAAAAAAACGAUGAUUUUGACAUAAGAAGAGACAAAAAUUUAGACUCUUCUAAAAAUGGAGGACAAAAUAAAAGUGUAGAAAACAAACUAAGAGAUAAAUUAUAUGCAAGUUUUAAAAAAUGUGAAUAUAAAAACAUAAAAGGUAUAAUUAUUAUUGUCCCAGAAAUUUUUUAUAAUUAUGUAAAUGUUAAAGAGAUGGAAAAUAAUAUACCAAUUUAUUAUUUUUUAAAUAAAAAUGUAAAAAUAGAUUCAUUUACAGUUAUAGCUAAAUUAUUAGGAUAUAUUUGUGUACAUAUACAUAUAAAUAUUAAUUAUGGAUUAUCAAUUCCUUAUCUAUUUACUUCUAAAAAUAUAAACAUGCUAGAUAUAUUAUACAAUUUUAAUAGUAAAGAUAAUUCAUUUGUUAGGGAUUAUAUAUUCCCUGAUUUUUCUUAUAUAGAUAAAAAUGCAAAUUAUAAUAAAAAUAAUAAUACACAUAUAGAAAAUAGACAAAGCCUUUUUUCAACAACCCAUAGUAAUAAAACUAAUAAUUUAUUUAAAAAUGACUCAUCAGCAGAUUCAUUAAAUUUACAUAACCCUUUUAUAACUCAAGAUAAUCAACUAUCUCCAUUUAAACAUUCAUAUGAGUUUGGUGAUAAAUCAGAUCCUAAAAAUUUGAUAGAGAAAAAUUGCAAUAAUGUUAAUUCACAAUUUAAUUCCAUUGAUGUUAAUUUUAAUUAUAAUCAAAAUUUUUCUAAACAAAAUAAAGGAAAACAUAUUAGCUCACCAUUAUUUUCCUGUCCAUUUUCAUUUUUUACAGAUAAUUAUAAUGAUAUAAAUAUUGCUAUGUUACAUUUUAAAAGUAUAUUUAAAAAUUAUAAUUUCAUUUUCCUCAGUUUUAAUGAUGGAACAAAUAUUUUAUUAAAUUAUUUUUUAGAAAAAUCGGUAAAAAAAAAAUUAAAUAAAAGUACAGGAAAACAUGCAAAAUCACAUUUUAAUUUCCAUAAUAUUAAUCCAUAUAAUUGUGAAAUAAAUCGAUUUUAUAAAGGCAAAUAUAAAGAUAAUAAAAAUUCUAUAAAUAAUAUCAACUAUAUUGGCGAUAGAAAAUAUACACAUGGAAAAAUUAAUCAACAAAAUAAAAGUGAUGAAGAAAAAGAUAACACUAACAAACAAAAUAAUAAAAAUAUUAUGAAUUUACUUUUUAAAGAUAAACCAAAACCUGAAACGGUUAAUAAAAAUGAAAAUGAAAAUAAUCCAGAACCUAAUAUGAAAAAUAAAAAUGCUAAAGAUUUUUUUAAAAAUAUAAAAAAAUGGAAAAUUGAUAAAUUUAUAUAUGGAAUCAAAGGAAAAGGAUAUAUGCAAAUUGAAACUGCUAUAAAUGAUGGAAAAAAUGAACAAAAUAAUAGUCUUUUAAAUGAUCCUACAUCUGAUGAUCAAGCUAGUAAUUAUAUUUCUGUUGAAAGAGAAUCAGAUAAUUCCAUUGCAAGAAUAGAUGAUUUAGAUGUAGGAAAGGAAGAAGAUAAGGGAAUCGAAAUUAAUCCUGAAUCUGUUUAUGAAGAUCUCGAAUGGGGUGAUGAAGAAAAUGUAGAAUCUGAAGGAAAUCUCGAAACAGAAUCGGAAGCAAAAUCCAAAUUAGAUGCACCAAACAAUGAAAAAGACGACAACGAGGAGGAAGAAGUAGAUGAUAAUAUAGAUGCAAGUAUAAAAGAUGAAAUUCUUUCAGAACAUAAAUCAAAAUUAGAAACAGAGAUUGAAGAAGAAAUUGAAACAGCAAUAGAAGCAGAAGUAGAAAAAGGACGAAGAAAAAAACACAGUUAUAAAUAUAAUCAAAAAUCAAAUAAUAAACAUAAAAAAAAAUCAAAAGAAAAGAAAAAUAAAAAAAAUAAAAUAUAUAAAUUAAAAGGUCCAAGUGGUAAAUUAAAAAAAAAUCAAAAAGUUAAUUACUAUCUAAAUCAAUCAGAUUUUAAUAUGGUUAGUAAAGGAACCAGAUCUGAUCAAUCUCAUGAUUUAGAUUUGACUAAUAUAAGUAAAAUUGACGAUAUUGAUCUAAAUAUUUCUAAUAAUAUGUAUGAAAAUUAUUACGGACAAAAUGAAAGUAAAAUAAGUAAUGCUCAUAUAGUUGCCGAUCUAAAUAAUAAAGAGAAUGAAGUUGGAAAUGAAAACUUAAACAGCGUUGAAAAUGAAGUUGAAAAUGAAAUUGAAAAUGACGUUGUAAAUGAAGCCAUAAAUGAAGUUGAAAAUAGUAUGAACAGUUUAGGAGAUCCAAAUGUUAUAUCAAAAGGGAGCCAUAAAAAUAAUAGCGCAAUUGGCAACAGAACUAAUUAUAGAUAUGAUAUUUUUUCACGAAAAAGUAGAUAUAGAAGCAUAAGCAAUCGUUCUUAUAAUAUUAAUGAGAUGUAUUAUAAAAAAGAAAACCAAAGAGAAAUUGGAAAUAAAAUAAAAAAUGAAAAAGAAAAACAUUUUACUAAAAAUAAUGGUGAAGAUGAUUUAAGAAGUAUAAUAAAUGAGGGUGGAGUUGAAAAUUUAUCAAAAAUAUCUCAAAAGUUUCGAUAUAGUUUUUUAAAAAUAAAAAAUAAAUUUCAACAAAAUUUAAAUGCAUCUGAAAAUAGUAAAAAAGGUAUAGAAAAAGAUAAAGUUAUAAAAAACUCAUUUUUAAAUAUAAAAAAUUCAAUACUAACAGAAGAAGAAAAUAAAAGUUAUUCUGAAGAAGGUUCUACAUAUGAAGAAGAAUAUGGAAAAAAAAAUAAAGAAAAAAAAAAUUUACAAAAAAAAAUAUGUAUAUUAAUUAAUUUUUCAUAUAAUAAUAUGUUUGAUAUAUUUAAUUAUCCAGAUCUUUUCUUAUCAGAAAAUAAAAAUAUCAAAUUUUCAAUAUUUCAUAAAAUAAUAUAUUCAUUAAAUGUCUUUUUAAAUUCUUUUUCAAUUUUAAUCAAACAAAAAUAUUUCUUUUUAUGUACAAAUAAAUUAGAAAAAUAUUUAAAAUUUACAUUAUUUUAUAAUUAUGAUUAUGAUUUAUUUCGUAAGAAUAAAGAAAUGAAAAUACACAGCUCUAUUAUUAACAUCAUCACUAAUGCUCAUGCCCCUCCAAACUUUCGAAAUGGCUGCCCAAAACAUGCAGAACAAAAUAAUUCAUCAACUACUUUUCAAAAAAUUUCUAAACCCACUGAUCAGGAAAAAUAUACUUCAAACACCUAUUUAAAAAAUGAUAAAAAUUCGAUAUAUAAAUAUAAUGAUCCCGAAUUUGUAGAAAAAAAUAUUGGCAUUAAAAAGGUAUGCCCUUUAAACCACACACAUUUAAAUAGUAGCAAUGGUGAUAAAAAGAAUACCAGCUUUGAUGGCAGUGAUUUAAAAGGCAAACCAAUUAGUAGUACAAACACAUCAAACAUAGAAAACAAUUUAACAAGCAGGGUGAGUAAUAAUAGUAUUUUACAAGAUCAUUGUAAUAAAGAAAAUAAAAGCGACCUAUGCUCAGACAAAAAUAAUCAAAACAAAAGUUCAAACAGUACAAUUAAAAUCGAAGGGGAAUAUAUAAAUGAAGCAAAUUUAUUAAUACAUAAAAAAAAAUAUUCACAAUAUAAGGAUAUAUGUGAAAAUAAUCCACACAAUUAUUGGAGUCAACAUUUUCAAGAGUUAAAUAAAAAAAUAGAUAAAGAUAAUAGGCAUGGACCCAAAGAUAGUAUAAUGCAUAAUAAUAAUUUAUAUGAGUAUGAAAACAAUUCAAAUAUACAAAAAAAAUUAAAUAAAUCUAUAGAGUAUUAUGAAAAUUUUAAAGAUGAUGUGAUGUCUUAUUUUUGUACAAAAGAGUUAUAUGAAAAAUGGCGGUUUUUUUUUGUUAAUAAAUUAUGUUUAAAUAGCCAAGAUAGAUUUUUAUUUAAUUUACUAUUUAUAUAUAAUGUAUAUAAUUAUUUAAUAUAUUUAUAUGCAUAUUUUUAUUUUACGGAAAAUAAAUAUCAUGAUUUUUGUGCUAAUCAAAAGUUUUAUGAAUUUAUUAAUAAAAUAAAUGAUAUAAAAAAUAAAAAAGAUGAAAAUGUUAAGGGAUAUAAUAGAAAUACUUCAGAUAUAAUACCCAAUUUUCUUCAUUAUAAAGAUUAUAAAUUAUUAAAAGUUUAUUAUUAUAUAUUACAAAAUGCUAGUAAUGAAUUUAUUUCAAAAAAUAUUAAAAAUAUAGAUUUUCCAGUCUUUUUCAUAUUCUCAUCAGAUUAUAAAAAUUUUAAUUUCAAACAUUUUGAUAUUAUUAAAAUUUCAAAAAAUAAUAAUAUUAUCUAUUUAUUAUAUAAAAGAGGAAAUCAAGGAUAUUUCUUAUCUGGAUUUAAGCCAUAUAUAUGGAUACACAAAAUUUUAUUUGGAUUUACUGAAUCUUUAUUUUUGUCAUCUUUAGACAAUUAA